UUUUCGAGAGUCGACGCUAUGUCCUCGCCGUCGUCUGGGGAGCAGUACGAGGAAGAAGAGGAUGGGGCUUACGAGAGCCAGGCCAAGCGGCUGAAGCCCAGCGCCGCCGCUGAGGAGGGCGAAAUCGAGUAUGGGGCCGACGAGGGCGAGAGCCACAGGGAGAAGGCCGCCCCUCGCAGUGGAGGGUUCUCAGGCGGGGAUGCAGGUGGAAGUCAUCAUAAAGUUUCAGUUUCUCCUGUUGUCCAUGUCCGAGGACUCUGUGAAUCAGUUGUGGAAGCAGACCUUGUGGAGGCUCUUGAAAAAUUUGGAACCAUAUGUUAUGUGAUGAUGAUGCCAUUUAAGCGCCAGGCUUUAGUGGAAUUUGAGAAUAUUGAAAGUGCCAAGAAGUGUGUGACAUUUGCAGCAGAUGAGCCAGUAUUUAUAGCUGGGCAACAAGCAUUUUUCAAUUAUUCUACAAGCAAAAGAAUCACUCGUCCAGGGAACACAGAUGAUCCCUCUGGUGGAAACAAAGUUCUGCUGUUAUCAGUUCAGAAUCCUCUCUAUCCAAUUACUGUGGAUGUCUUGUAUACAGUGUGCAAUCCUGUUGGGAAGGUACAGCGUAUUGUCAUAUUCAAGAGGAAUGGAAUACAAGCCAUGGUUGAGUUUGAAUCAGUUUUAUGUGCACAGAAGGCAAAAGCAGCACUCAACGGAGCAGACAUAUAUGCGGGAUGUUGCACACUAAAAAUCGAAUAUGCUCGGCCAACUCGACUUAAUGUCAUUCGAAAUGACAAUGAUAGCUGGGACUACACUAAACCAUACCUGGGCAGACGAGACAGAGGCAAAGGCCGUCAGAGGCAAGCUAUUUUAGGAGAGCACCCCUCCUCAUUUAGGCAUGAUGGCUAUGGCUCACAUGGUCCUCUGUUACCCUUACCAAGCCGGUACAGAAUGGCAUCUCGUGACACUCCGGAGCUUGUUGCUUAUCCGCUUCCCCAGGCCUCCUCAUCUUACAUGCAUGGAGGGAACCCCUCGGGUUCUGUUGUCAUGGUUAGUGGAUUGCACCAGCAAAAAAUGAACUGCUCAAGAGUCUUCAACUUGUUCUGCUUGUAUGGAAACAUUGAAAAGGUAAAGUUCAUGAAGACUAUUCCAGGCACAGCUCUGGUGGAAAUGGGUGAUGAGUAUGCUGUUGAAAGAGCAGUCACACAUCUCAAUAAUGUCAAGUUAUUUGGGAAGAGGCUUAAUGUUUGUGUGUCCAAACAGCAUUCAGUUGUUCCUAGCCAGAUAUUUGAGCUGGAAGAUGGUACAAGCAGUUACAAAGAUUUUGCAAUGAGCAAAAACAAUCGGUUUACUAGUGCUGGCCAAGCAUCCAAGAAUAUCAUCCAGCCACCUUCUUGUGUUUUGCAUUAUUACAAUGUUCCGCUGUGUGUGACUGAAGAUACCUUUGUCAAGCUGUGUGAUGACCAUGAAGUUUUGUCUUUUAUCAAAUACAAAGUUUUUGAUCCAAAACCUUCAGCCAAAACACUUUCUGGACUGUUGGAGUGGGAAUGCAAGACAAAUGCAGUGGAAGCUCUUACUGUACUUAAUCAUCACCAGAUAAGAGUCCCCAAUGGCUCUAACCCGUAUACUUUGAAGCUUUGCUUCUCUACUUCCUCCCAUCUGUAGAAAAGAGGACAGCAUGUUAGAAGCUCCUUUCAUCUUUUGCAAACUUGAAACUGUAUGUUGGUUGCAGGCUCUGAAAUACUUGCUCAUUUUCUUUGUCUCAAUCGA